CGCGGGCGGGGGGCCGUGGAGGCAUGGCGGCUCCCCUGCGCGGCGCGACACGGACUCGGCGCGUCAGGCCAAAACGCCUCCCCUUCCCCGAUGCUCACCGUGGUUAAUUUGAGCCAAACACAACUGCUUCUUCUAUUCUAUCUCCAGUUAGUAGCAGCAAGCCACAGCAACGGAGGAGCAACCGGGGUUCUUGUGGGAGAGGGAAUUCUGGUAGGGUGAGCUGACAUGCUUGCGAGGAGCGCGUCCACGCCGGUUCUGGGGGCGCUGCUCCCGUCCGGGAGCCACUCGCCGGCCGUGUCCUCACCGGCCGUCCACUUCUUCGGCGACUCGUCGCCGACGGUUCCGCACCUCGCGCCGGUCUUCUCCUGCCGACUCACGCCAGGCGGCUCCGACGUCCACGGCCGCUCCCUCGGUGGCCUGCGCCGCGCUUGCUCGGAUGGGAACCUCGCCGCUCUAGGCGCCGGCGGGGAUGACCACCACCACCAUCAGCUCCCGCCGUCCGCCAAGUGCGCGCCGCGCUCCAAGCCGGCGGCGCUCGAGACGAUCCAGUCGUUCACGCAACGCGACGGCGCUUCCACGGACGAGGAGGAGGAGGACGACGACGACGACGAAAGCGCGGAGCAAGAUCUCAGCUUUGGGAACUUCCGGUUCAGCGGCAGCAGCACGUUCGCGCAGGAGCACCCGCUGUUCCUCGCCAGAGGCCUCGGGAUCGACCGCCUCGGCUCCGGCUUGCUGAGCGCCGACGGCGGCGGCAGUGGCAUCGGCGGUUCCGGCGGCGGCGGCGGCAGUUACCUGGUGACCUCCGACAACGGAGGGAAUCGCUCCGACAUCGAGAUGCAUUACAGGAAGAUGAUCGAGGAAGAUCCAUGCAACGGCCUGUUCUUGAGAAACUACGCACAGUUCCUGUAUCAGAUCAAAGGGGACAGCCGGAGGGCGGAGGAGUACUACUCCCGCGCCAUCCUCGCCGACCCGAACGACGGCGAGCUCCUGUCGGAGUACGCCAAGCUGGUCUGGGACGUGCACGGCGACGAGGAGCGCGCCUCCAGCUACUUCGAGCGGGCAGCCAAGGCGUCCCCGCAGAACAGUCACGUUCUCGCGGCGCACGCAGCGUUCUUGUGGGACACGGACGACGGCGACGGGCCGGAGGGGAGCAGCAGCAGCGAGGCGCUGGGCUACGCUGGGUUUGCUGCGGCGGCGGCUCACUCGUCCUUGGCUUCCGCGACGACCUGAGCACUGUUGUUUGUCUCUGAAACUACUGUAGCACGUGGUAGAUUGGUAGGUUCGCGUUCAUUUCAGUGAGUAGUUUUAAGCUUCCCAAUAAUUGGAGCGCUAAAUGGCUGGUCCAGUAUGUCUGUACAACUGCUGUUUUAAUCACCAAGCGGAAUCACGUUUGUGGUAUCUGAAUUCUGCGGCCCUGAUCUCAGCUUCGUGUCAAUGUAACAUGUUAACCUAUUCCUACCAGGGUCACUUCACUUCCAUGCUGCAUUCUGGGUGGUCCGCGAAAUCCUAGGCUGGAAGAAAAGGCCUGGCCC